AUGCCAGAGAUAAGGGAGCAUUUGUAUUUCAAUGGGGUUGACCAAACCUAUAAGGAUUGGAUAUGCCAACCUACUGAAUCAAAUGGAAGUGAAAGUGUAAAUCAAGAACCAUAUCUUGAACGUGAUGUAGUGGAUGAGACAAUUGAUAUGUGCGAAGGUGCACAUGAACACUUUACUGAAAACCUGAGCAAAUUUGGGAAGUUUGUGGAAGAAGCAGAAAACCUCCUUAUCCUGGGUGUCAUAAGCACACCAAGUUGUCGGGAUUGGUUAAGUUGUACAAUCUUAAAACAAGGCAUGGCAUGA